AUGGUACUUCGAGCGUGGCGGCGAGUCAAUGCAACAUCGACAAAGAACUGUUUCAGGAAAGGUGGCUGCGUAUUGACGGAUGGUGUGGCUGAAUCCGACAGGGAAUCGGAUGACAUUCCGUUAUCAGACUUGCGGGAUGUAUGGACAGAGUUAAAGAAGGUCACAGACAUUCCACCAGAAGUGACACUCCAAGAAUUCAUAGACGCGGACAGAGUGUUGGUGAUUAAAAACCCCAAAUUGAGGAACGUCACCAACCUGUUCAUCUGCAACCUCGCCAUCAGCGACAUCCUGCUCGCCGGCAUCGUCCUACCUCAGAAUCUGCAUGACGUUUCUCAUCCAACUGAUAACUAUGAAGGCGUGGUGCUGUGCAAGAUUACCAACUCCAUGCCUAUCUUCUGUAUUGUCGUGUCCAUCUACAGUCUGGUCGCCAUAUCAUGUGAACGACGCAAGGCGAUCCUGCUGCGGGUGGAACCUGAGCGACCAGGUCAUGCAGCUUUAAAAAUCAUCCCAAUAAUCUGGAUCGGUGCAGCCGUCGUCAUCAUCCCCACAGUCAUCGAGUACUCCGUCUACAUCAGCGUCUCAGACGACAACAACAUCUCCGCCACGUCAUGCGCGUCAGUCACCUUCUCUUCGGCAGCCUCCAUCUCCAACGGCUUCGUGCUGCUGUUGACGGCGUAUAUCAUCCCCCUCAUCUUCAUCCUGGGAAACUACUUGAGAAUACUGAACUUUCUCCGAGAGCACGGGCUGUGUGAUGGGUCGAGGCGGAGGAAGAGCACUCCCAGAGGGUUCUUCAUUUACCGCCAUCGGGUGAAGAUAGUCAAGAUGCUCAUACUCGUGGCUGCCCUUUUCGCCAUAUCCUGGCUGCCUUACUUUAUACUACUCAUAUCACAGAAAAUAUCGGGUAGAGACGAUCAUAUGUUUGUGGGUGGCCCUAUAAACAUGAUCAAAAUAUCCUUAGCGUCGUUCAGCACGGCAUACAACGUCGUUCUCUACGCCAUCUACAACCGCAACUUCAGGGGAGCAUUUAGAAAAAUGUUUUACAAUGACAAAACCGUUGACGACGGUACCGAUCUCGGCUCUAACAGUAGUUACAGUCGCAGUUCCACUAGCCUCCCUCUGGCUGCGAGACCACCAAUCGUCACUCAGAUGUAG